AUGCGAGUUUUUCCUUUUGUAGUAAGACAGGGCACUGUUUUGUUGGUCCGGGCGGGCCUCGCACCAUCUUCAAGAUUUCUCCAUGCUGCCUCCGAAGGUGUUCCACCGGCAAAAUGCUCGGUCCCCUUCAUGAAACUUUUUUAUGUCCUCUAUUCUAUACAAUUCAUAGAUGACGAGCCGGUUGGCGAGCUGGAUGACGAGCCGGUUGACGAGCUGGAUGACGAGCUGGAUGACGAGCUGGUUGACGAGCUGGUUGACGAGCUAGUUGAUGAGCCAGAUGACGAGCUGGAAAUGCUUGAUAGGAUGGGCAAGACAAUAAUAUCUUCUUAA